CCAGGUACAUGGCUCUGGCUUUCUCCGUGUUACACGUCAGUUGUGCCGCCAUCACACCCGGACCCACGCUUGGCAUUUACAUGUGAGAUCUCGGACCCCUCGCAUCCAUGAAGAGGUUUACUGGAAAGAACAUGACAUUUCCAUGAGAAGAUCAAGAAGGUCUGAGGUCAUAUCUGGAAUGAACUCGUCAAACAUCACCAGCUUCAUCCUCAGUGGGAUUCCGGGUCUAGAAGACUACAAUUUCUGGAUUGGUUUUCCUGUUGUCUCGAUGUACAUCGUGGCUGUCUUAGGGAACUGCACCCUCAUGUACACCAUCAAGACCGAGCCGGACCUACACGAGCCCAUGUAUAUCUUCCUCUUCAUGCUGUCCGCUGUCGAUCUAUUCUUAGCCACCGCAACCAUGCCCAAAAUGCUGGGGAUCUUCUGGUCCAACUCUAGAGAGAUCCCCUUCAACAUGUGCCUGGUCCAGAUGUUCUUCAUCCACUUCCUGUCGGCUCUGGAGUCUGGAAUCCUGGUGGCCAUGGCUGUAGACCGCUACGUGGCCAUCUGCCACCCUUUGAGAUACUCCGCCAUUUUGACCAACAAAACCAUAAUAAAACUCACCCUGAUGAUUGUGGUCAGGGGGUCAGCGGUCAUGAUUCCCAUCCCGUUGAUUAUCAAGAGACUCCCUUUCUGCAGUGCUAAUGUCCUGACGCACUCCUACUGCCUUCAUCAGGAGGCCAUGAAGUUGGCCUGCGCCGAUAUCCGAGUCAACAUUAUCUACGGGCUGUUUGUAAUUCUCUCUGUGAUGGGCGUAGAUUCGCUCUUCAUUUCCUUAUCCUACUUUCUAAUAAUCAAGGCCGUAGUUGGCCUGGUGGAAGAAGCCAGUCUAAAAGCUUUCCGUACAUGCGCGGCUCAUAUCUGCGCCGUCCUCGUCUACUACAUCCCGCUGAUCGGUCUGUCCGUGGUGCACAGAUUUGGAACCGCCGCUGUCCCAAACCUACACAUACUCUUUGGGAACGUUUACCUCCUCGUACCCCCCGUAAUUAACCCCAUCAUUUACGGCAUUAAAACAAAGCAGAUUCGCGGCAAACUGCGCCGGAUUUUCUGCAAGAGAAUGAAUUGGACCAAAACUCCCGGGAACCUGUAAUCUCCACUUUAAGAUUAAUUAUAAAUUACAUUUUAUUUAAUAUUUCCGGGGAGUUUAUUUGUAAAUAGAAUUUACAUGCAAAAAAUUUUUUUAGCAAAGGGGUUACGCUCCGGGGGGGGGUCAUUGGGGUAUUUUGUUUAUCUCAUUAAUACAUAAUGGAAAUUUUAUUUUAAUUUAACUAUUAAACAUAUUAAAUAA